AUGGUCUUUCUUUAUUUUCGACUUUCUCUCUUUUCUUUUUUUUUUCUUUUUUCCCUUCCUCUUUCGCAGCUUCCGUUUCACCUACUUUCUUUCUCUUCUUGUCCUACAUGGUCUUUGGGAGGUUUCACUUUUCUCUCUUGUCUUUUUUCAUUCUUUUCUCUCUUUCUCGGCUUCCGCUUCAUCCACUUUCUUUCUCUUUAUAUCAUAUUUAACCUUUCUUUUGUUAUCUUUGUUCUUUUUUCUCUCUCUUCUUUCGCUGCCGAUUCCUUUUCACUUACUUUCUUUCUUUUUUUUUUCAAUUUAGUCUUGCUUCGUUCUUGGUUUUCACAUUGUCUCGCUUUUCUUUUUUCUUUCUUUUCUCUCCUCUUUCGCACCAUCCAUUUCACCUCUUCCACUUUUUCUCCUUUUGUCUUGCUGUGUUUUUGCAUUAUCUCUCUUUGCUUUUUUUCUUUCUUUUCCUAUUCCGCAACUUCCGCUUCAACUACUUUCUUCCUCUUCUUGUCCUAUUUACACUUACUUUGUUUUCUCCUUUCUUUCUUUCUUUCUUUCUUUCUUUCUUUCUUUCUUUCUUUCUUUUCUCCCUCUUUCACCGAUUGCUUUUCACCUAUUUUUUUCCUCUUUUUGUCCUAUUUAUGCUCUCUUUGCUUUCACCUUUUCUUUCUUUUCUUUUUUCUUUCUUUUCUCUCCUCUCUCACCGCUUCGUUUUCACCUGCUUUAUUUCUCAUCUUGCCUUACUUACUCUCUCUAUUUUCCCGACUUUUCUUUCUGUUUUUUCAUAAUCUAUCUUUUUUAUUUUUUCCCUUUCUUUCAUAUCUCGCAACUUCCUUUACCGCGGCUCAAUAUUUCUUUCUUUCUUUCUUUCUUUCUUUCUUUCUUUCUUUCUUUCUUUCUUUCUUUCUUUCUACUACUGACCUUUUUUUAUUUAACUCAAUUUCCAACUUUUAUCAUCUCCGUUCCUUCUGUAAUUAUUUCUGA